AUGCCAUUUAAGUUUUGCUAGCAUUAGAAAAUAACCUACACUUAAAAGGAUGAUUUAAUUUAUAUCGCUUUAAACAAAUAAAGAUAAAAACCAUACGAAUGGGGUUUUAGUCAUAUUUCAAGUGUUAAUUAUUUUUGGAUUAUGGCUUGGAUUAAAAUCAUUAACUUCACGAGUUAAUCUGUAGAUAAUUGAUCAACAGAGUUUGAAGAUUAAAUUUACUGAUUUUAAUUUUUUUUAAAUUGAUUGGUUAAAAUAGAACCAUAAAAUAAAUGUGGAAGAAGUUGGAGACGAUCACUGUAUGAAGAGAAAAGCCAUUGUUUCCUAAGAAAUAGAUAUUUUUUGA